GGGUAGGGGUACUGCUGAGCGAACCGACUUUAUAUAGUGCGCGACGCGUGAAAGCCGCCGCGUGGUGGCGCUGUGCAAGUUCCCACUGUCAGUGAAGUAAGUUUGUGAUUGUGAAUGAAUUUCAUCACCUGCUCACUAAAUGUUGCCGUUGGUGAAGAUGCUUUCAGUUUCAUUCACCAUGUUCACGCUCGAUUCAAGACAACGGUGUGUUUAAUGUGUGUAAGUACAUGGUGAAAUGGCUAGCGGUUCAGAAGAGGCAAACCCUUGCUCCGUGGAAGAGACUUUGGGUUUCCACACCCCAGCUUUCUCAAAACCGCAAGUGGGGAUGAAGUUCAACUCGUAUCAGGAGGUGAAAGGAUUCAUCCGGGAGCAUGCGGAGGCCAACUAUGUCAAGUUCAAAAAGCUGGACUGCCGAACGGUAGAGUGCUCGCGCAAGCGGAUGCCCAAGCGAUACCUGAGCGAUGAGCUACAAUAUGCCACGGUGACCUUCACCUGCAUCCAUCACGGUCAGUACAAGAGUAAGUCCAAGGGGAUGCGACCAAGGCAGAAGACCCAGCGGAUUGGAUGCCCGGCCAAGUUCAGGUUUGUAGCCACCCCUAGCGGCAAGCAACUGUUCCUUGCAGAUUUUGUGACACAGCACAACCACCCCCAUGAUGAGGCAAGCUCCCAGUUUCUUCCCCAAAAGAGAAAAAUAAAUUACCAGAAGAGAGAGGAGGCUUCCAAACUACAGCAGAAAAAAAGGAAGAGAUCAGCCCAGAAACACUCAAUGCAGGAGGCAACCGAAAAGGCACCGACUACAACAGACAUACACAUUGUAGCUGCUUCACCUCGGCUAAGGUCACUCUACUCUACCAACAUUCAAUCUAUCCUGGAUUAUCUGUCACAAGUUGAGGACCAAACCAGUGUCACUGAAGUAGUGGCGAAUGCCAAUGGGAAGGUUGUCGGAAUCUACUACCAGGACCGGGAGAUGAUUAGAGUGUACGCAUCUUUUCCCCAUUACCUUGUAGUUGAUGCCACAUGUAAGUACAACAGCGUAGGAAUGCCGCUGUACAUCAUGCUGGUUGAGGACAGCAACUGCGAAUACGAGAUCGUAGCUUUCUUCUUUCUGAUCGCCUCCAAUGCGGAAAGCUUCCGAGCAAUGAUGAGGAGAUUCAAAAAGAACAACCCCAAUUGGCCUGACCUUCAGGUCAUCAUGGCUGACGAGGGCUUCCCUGCCAAGGUCUUGGUGAAGCAGUUCCCAAGUGCAACUCUGCAGAUGUGCGCGUACCAGGUACUGAAGAAGUUCAAGCAGGACACAUCUAAGAAGCCGCUUGGCCUGCAGAAGGAGGAGGAAGCAUUCUGCGAAAAGCUUAUGCAUAAGCUGGCAGCCUCCAAAUCAGAAGCUGCGUACAUGGAGAACUACAAGCAGCUCCUGAACACAGAACUUCAGACAAUGAUCAAGUACUACAACACCACCUGGCACAACAACCGACAAGAGUGGGUGGAGGGCCUCAAGUCCAGAAAGGGGGCCCUCAUUGAGGAGGAUCCUGAGAAACUGACAGCAGUCAGUAAAAAGCUGGAGGCAGUGUUGAAGAACUCGCCGACCUCGAAACAGGUCAUGGCCAACUUGAAGAAGGUAGUAAAGAGUAUGCGUGAUGAGCGAGACAAAACUGCGGCUGCUAUAAUAGCAGAGAAUGCUCCUAAGACCAAUCCAGAUGACUCCACAGUCAGUAAAUUUCAGCAGUACCUGACCCCCUGCGCACUGAAGUAUGUCUUGCAACAAUUGCAGCUCAGCUGGGAGGUUGAAGCCCAGGCUAACAUGGACAGCAAGUCCAUGAUCGUCAAGUCCAGCAAAGACAAGAUGAUAGUCAGUGCAGAUAGUUGUCCCUGCCACCUUUGGCACUCUCUUUGCCUACCCUGCUGUCACAUCUUUGCUGUGCGUCGCACCAAGGGCCUUCCCCUCUUUGCAAAGGAAGUCAUUGGAUCCAGAUGGUCUCUUGAGUACUACAGGUCAUGUAGCCGGCCACCAACCCAGAAUGCUGACACUGCUCAAAGCAUCGAUGACCCUCAGAAACCACUUGGUCUUCUGUCUGACCACGAGAAAUGCAUCCAGGCAUCUGAAAUCACCAAGCAGUUGGCAACUGUUGUGUCGGAGGCUCCAGGGGAACAAUUUGCAAGCCAAUUGGAAGUCAUCGAAAAACUGCUGACAUGCUUUCAGAACGGCUCUUCUGUGAACAUCAUGGAAGAGGUUGGACAGCACACAAUAGCCACCGAAGUAAUUACUGAGAGUUUCCCUUAUAAAGAGGACAACAGGAUGGAAAGUUUGCAGGAGACACAUGCAAAAGGCGAUCUUGUCCCUGUGACAUCAUGAACAGCUAACAGCUUUUGAGAAGGAUGAAGAAUCAGUUGAACCUACAACUGUUUCUUACCAUGGUUGCACCUACAUGUACUUGUACUUAAUUUAUUAACCGGGCGGGCAAAAACAUGCAACCAACGUUGGGACAUACAUCUCAUUCCCUUCACAGACAGAUGUGCGCACACAUCGCGGGAGAGCAAGGCCAUUAUGUUCUGUACAAACUGCCGUGUAUACACACCAUUGUACACAAUGUACAUGCACGUAUGUAUGUAUAUAAGGCCAAAAAAAGUCUCCGGUUUCUGGUAUGGAGCUUGCCCAAAAAGUGGUGCGGCAACGCGGCUU